CCCCCCCCCCCCCCCCCAGCGGCUUAAGGAUCCCUGUGAGUCGAAGCUGUUUAUAGAAUUCCCACCGUGUGGAGGACCUCGUCAAUUGAAGCAGGUUGUAUUGCUUUGACUUCAAACUGCACAUGCUAGUAUCUAGCGCCGUGUCCGAGCAGACUACAUGCAGUGCUGGUUUGGCACUGCCUGCAGUGGCAGUAAGUAUAUAUCCCGUCAUGACCUUGCGGCCUCGUUGCCUGUCUCUUGCUCUUCAGAUCGUUAACAAGUUGUUUUUCGUUUCUUAUACCCACUCCGCUCUGUCUUUUCGACUUGCGAGGCCGUCUGGGACGUGACCCGUGAGCAUAGUUCAAUUUCAUUAAUCUGUCAAUCAACUACACGGGUGUGCUGGGCAAUCAGUACCGUGGACGAUUCCUGCUGUUCUCCUACGACGUACUCGUACUCCUUGAUACCCUUCAACAACAGCGCAGAGAGAGAGUGCCCCGAUAUUUUCUUCCAUUCAAGAUGCGGCCGAGUCUCUGCUUCUUCGCAUGCUUUGCAGCAGGCGCUCUUGCAGCUCCCACCUGGCUGGAUGAUAUAUACGACUACUCUCAAGAAAUGGCCUCAUUUCUCGGAGAGGUGAGCAAGGAGAUCGAGAAAGUCGCUAUUAGCGCAACCACCUGUGACACGUCAAAGAUCUCGCUUCCUUCAUACGCUUCAAGUCUUCCAUCACCGUCGGGUUUGACGCCGGUAUAUGUUGCCGUCGGACGUGGCACCCAGAACUAUACCUGCGCAACCUCCUCGUCCAACUCCACGCCAGUAGCCAUCGGCGCCGUGGCCCGCCUUUACAAUGCAACUUGCAUUGCGGCCAAUUACCCGACCCUGCUACAGCAACUGCCAGACCUGGCGUACCAAAUCUCCUUGCCCAGCGAUGAAGAGGACGCCCUCCCUCCGGCUAACCUGGACCUGCUGGGCCACCACUAUUUCCAAGGAACCUCGACGCCAGUCUUCAACCUCGAUACCACCGUCGAACAGCAGAAUGGUAUCGCCAUCACCCAGAAACAGGAGUCGAUUGAUGCUCCCUCCGAUGCUGUCAAAGGAAGCACCGGGGCCGUCGCCUGGCUCUACCUCACCGCAAUUGAUGGUACCGUCGGAGACUACAAGAGCGUCUAUCGGGUGACCACUGUCUCCGGAGCGGCCCCAGACACGUGCAAAGGUAUGCAAUCGACUUUCACGGUUCAAUAUGCGGCGCUAUACUAUUUCUACGGCGAGUCGUGAGGCCGGAGAAUGGGUGGAAGGGGGUUUGUGGCGAUUGCGAUAGAAAUCGUCCAGUAUUCACCACAGAUAAGAAUUGACAGUCACGAAUACAUGAUCAUGAA